AGGCGGGGAGGGGAGCAGGAUGCUGAGCCGCCUGCAGGAGCUCCGCAAGGAGGAAGAGACGUUGCUGCGGGUCAAGGAGGCGCUGCACGACCAGCUCACCCGCCUCAAGGUGGAAGAGUUGGCUCUUCGGUCCAUGAUCAAUACCCGGGAAGGGACUGUGUUCACUCCCUCAGCUGCUGUGAUGGAGGAGCACGCAAACAUGGACAAUGAAAUGGCCAUCAACCAGACUAAACUGCAGCUACAAGUGCAUGCUGAUGAUGAGGAAGAGGAGGAGGAAGAGGAGGAUUCCUAAUGGGCAAAUGUUGCUGUCAGGCCAGUGUUCUGUGACAGACUCCCAAGCCUCCCUAACUUCGACGAAACUUUGUGUGGUUCUACAGAGACUAAACUACAAUCAGAAGUGCCGCUGAGCAUCUCACAAACUUCCAAAGGUGGUAAUAAAUUAUGGGGUGGGUUGGAAAAAGAUAGUAUUAAAGCCUAACUAUGUAGCACAAGUCAUUUUACAGAGCAGACAUAUGUUUCAGAACAAGUAGCAAUUCAGGAAAUGCAGCUUUUGAAGCAAUAAUCUGUCCAUGAAACAUCUUCUGCCUGGUUAUAAAAAGCUGGAAAGUUGCCCUUAUUCUGUGCCAGUUGGUUUUCCUGAACCUCCUAUGGAUAAAUCGCACAAAAGUGGUGAAAAAUGUGGGGUUUUUUUCUGUAUGGCUGUACAUGACUCCUUUAUUCUUGUUGGUUUGGGCCCAUUUUAUGAAACUUGUAUGGAAUAAAAAUAUGUUUUGUUUACAAUAGGUAAUAUUAAAAAUACUUUCUGAGUGGCAUUCAGUCCUUCCAACAGAUGCCAAAA